AUGACAUCGAUACCACGACUGGAGCUCCAAGCGGCCGUAAUGGGCUGCCGCCUAGCCCGCACAGUGCAAGAGGACCACGACACCUCUCAUCGAGUCGCCGAGAUAGCAGAGGAGUCGAAGACAAACGAGUGGCGUUGGGUAUCGACGAGAGACAACCCGGCCGACAACGCCAUACGAGGAACGCCGAAAGACUUCGCCUCCGAGCAUCGUUGGUUCCACGGCCCGCCUUUCCUGUACCAACCAGAAGACACCUGGCCCGCGGAGGACACCUCAGAGACUAUUGAAAACACGAACGAGAAGAGGGCGAAGCUACUGCGUGUCACGGCGCGUGUUCUACAAUUUAUAGAAAAACUAAAAGGAAGAGAAAGGUGCGCCGCCACUAGAAAACGCACCGCGAAACGUGCGGAGGAAGACCCGAUAUGGAAGAAGAUACAGGCGUGCGUACCGCACAGAGAAACGGGACGAGGAACAGGACACAAACAUACGCCGCGCCAGCAGAGAAAGAUCGUGCCUCGCGCGGCACGAUAUUUGCAUCGCGCACGGCAACUAUGGAUACGCGCCGUGCAGGAAGAGGCUUUUAGCGCGGAGCUAGAAGCUAUAAGAAGAAAGAAGCCCCUACCUGCCGACAGUCGACUCAAGCAACUGUCGAUUAUGAUUAACGAAGAGGGACUGGUACAUCUGCGCUCGAGGGUCGCCGCCGCCGCCGACAUUACAACAGAACAACGGGAGCCCGUCAUCCUGGAUGGAGACCACCGAUGGACGCGGCUGUACAUCACGUGGGUGCACACGCAAUUGCACCACGGCGGUUUUGAAACAACUGCAAAUGAGGUGCGACAACACUAUUGGGUGUUGCGCCUCCACCACGCCGUACGCAACGAACUGAAGAAAUGCCAGGUCUGCCGCAUCCGUCGUGCUACGCCAGCGCAACCGUCGACGGGCAACCAUCCAAAGAGCCGUCUAGCCCAUCACCAGCGGCCCUUCACCUACACGGGGCUUGACUACUUUGGGCCCAUGACAGUCACCGUGGGUCGCGCACAUCAGAAAAGGUACGGAGUCCUCUUCACAUGCCUAACCACCCGGGCAGUGCACCUGGAACUCGCCGGAAGCCUCAGCACCGACUCUGCAGUAAUGGCACUGCGGCGCUUCAUAGGUCGCCGCAGGUGCCCCACCGAGCUCUGGUCAGACCAGGGCACCAACCUGCGCAGCGCGGACGUCGAGAUGAAGCACGCCGUCGAGGAGGCUAUAUAA